UUGAAUUUAUUAAAGAGUUUUUUUAUAUUUACAUAAGUAUUUUACGCAUAAUAUUUAUUAAUUAAAAUAAUCAUAAGUCAAAUCAAACAUGUUCAGUGAUAAGUCUUACAGUCCUGUGAGUUUCGAGUCCGUGACGACUAAUGAAAAAUCACAAAAAUCCGCCAACAUUCAAACUGAGCAUGUCGUCUAUGAAUCGGAAGAAACACAAGUUGUAGAAACUAAAAGUAUUCAAACACAGACUGCAAAUGAGACUCCAACUAAUGAACCAAAGUACGAUGAGGAUAAAUUGGCAGAAUUUUUAAAUCGCAUUGCACCUGGUGUGUUCAAAUUUUUAGACGAACAACACGGAACAAGUGCCUUUAAUGAUUAUACCGUAGGAAGUAGCGAUGAACCAGCUGUUAACAUUCAGUUAAUAAAUAGAAUCAAUACUUUAGACUUGUCUGAGUUCAAGGGCAAAGUAAGCAGUGUAACAUGGAGUACUGGUGGUGGUACUUUGGCAAUUGGGCAUAGUGCCACCCAACACAAAUCAUGGUGCAAUGACAUUACCAAAGUUGAUUUAUACAAUCUUUCAAAAGACAAUUUACUCAUGACUGUACCAACUAAAUCACUUGAAGUUUCAUCUUGUGUGACAACUUUGCUAUAUCAUCCAGAUGAACCAUCAAUAUUGGCUGCUGGAUUGUUUGAUGGUGAUGUUAUGGUAUGGAAUCUUAGAGAAGAAUCUUCAAUAGCACCAUUGUUUGUAUGUACUCAUGGAGAAAUGGUUACUCAAAUUUAUUGGCAUUCCAGAAUACUAAAUGAUGCAUCAGCAUUAAUAACAUCUGGGGGAGAUGGCUAUAUUUACAUACACAGGCUUACCAUUAAUUUUACUCAAAGUUCAACACAAAAAAAAUAUAAAAUAUUAAAAGAAAAAAAUCUUACUGAAAAAUCUGCAUUAGGAAAUGAAGGUGAAGAUAAAAAUGCUGAAGCUGGGCUUCAUAUCACCUCUUUUGAUUUUUCAGCAAAAGAUCACAAAGUAUUUGUAGUCGGAACUUUAUGUGGUAGGCUUUAUAAAUGCAAUUUGGAUCAAACAAUUCCCAUUGAAGGUACUGAAAUGAUUUUUGAUCCAGUAAUAAGUGAAUAUGAUAAACAUAAGAGUACAGUAACUUGUGUCAAGAGUGCUCCCACCCAAAACUUAUUUGUUUCAUCAGGAGCUGAUAGAGAAGUUCAUAUUUAUGACUUUGACCAGCCUGCCAGUUUAAAAAUUAUCACAUUAGACAGCACACCAGUGCAAAUAAGUUGGCAUUUUGGUAACUUUGAUGUAUUUUUGGCAUAUGGUGCUGGACCAGAAGUCAAAUUCUUCAAUGUUAAAACAGGUAGACCAUUGUCUAAAACUAUGCUCUAUUCUGAAAAUAGAGAAAAUGCUACUUGCCUUAGUUUCAAUUCAAAAAGAGAAAUGGUGGCAAUCGGAGAUACAAAAGGUAACUUGGAAAUCUGGAGAAUGUCAAGAAGCUUGUCUAAUUGAUGAGACAUAGUGUAGUACAUGAAUUUAGUACUAUUGACAUGAAUAUUAUUUUUUACACAAAUGUAUUAUAAUGCUUCAAA